AUGAAUGAAUAGAACUAAUAAAUUUUUUGCCAAUAUCCAGACCAUUCCUAAUUCAACAUUAAGCUAGUAUGUUUCGAUCCAAAUUGUAAAUCUGAUAGAUUAUACUGUAUGUUAUGCAGUAGGAUGGGUAGUCAUAUAGCCCACCCUUAAUAUCAAUUUGAAUUGCCUCACUUAUUUGAAUAACUUAUUUAAACUGAAUAAUAAUGUGAUGAAUUAACAAAUAAUUUGGUUAAUCAAAUGGAAUAAAUAUAUGAAUAUUUUUAUAAACUUCUUGGAGGAAUUAAAGCAAAAUAUUAGAUAUCAGAAUAAUAAUUCAUGAACUUAAAUUAUAAAUAAAUGCACUAAUGUUUUUCAGAAAAUAUUUUAUUCAAUUCAUUUUAAUCAAUGAUUUAAAAUACAUUUCAAUCAUCCAAAAAUUAAUUUUUAGAGACAAUAUAGAAAUUAUUUUUAGAAUUAAAUCUAAAUCAAUUGAAUUAUUAUUAAGUAUCUAAUGAUGAUAUUAAAAAAUCAGAAGAAUUAUGCUAGGAAGGUAUUUAAUUAUUUGAUUAGGCUAUAAAUUAUAUUGUUAUAAUAAUUAAUUUGAAGAAGCAAUAACAUUUUUCAAUAAAGCAUUAACUUUUAACAAGAACAAUGAAAUUGCUAUGCAAAAUAAAGGUAAUUCAAUUAUUCUAUUAAUCAGCGGAAUGUUUAAGAAUGAUGGGUUAAUAUAAUGAGGCAAUUAUUUGGACGGAUAAUUCUUUGCAAAUCAAUCCUUAGCAACACUAGUCUUUAUUAACAAAAAGUAAUAAAUAAAUUUUUAUACAUUUAGCCAAAAGUUUAAAUUCACUUCUAAAAUACAAUGAAGCAAUAAUUUGGGCAGAUAAAGCCUUAUAAAUCGAACCAUAGGAUCUUGAUUCUUUAAAAACUAAAGGUAAUUAAUUAUAUAAAUCUGAUAGCGGAAACCUUAAAAGGACUUCUAAAAUAUGAUGAAGCAAUUAUAAUGAUUGAUAAAGCUUUAUAAAUUGAUCCAAAGCACCUUGAAGUAUUGUAAAUGAAAGGUAUAAUUAUAAUUUUAGCUCAUAGCGGAAUGUUUAAAGCUACUUUAAAAAUUUAAAGAAGCAAUUAUUUGUGCAGACGAAGCUUUGAAAUUUUCACCCAAUUGUUUAAUUACUUUGCAAAAUAAAGGUAAAAUUAAUUUUGAAUUUUUUUAGCUGAAUGCCUAAGGAUUCUUGGUUAAUACAACGAGGCGAUUGUUUUAGCAGAUGAAAUCUUAACAAUUGAUCCAAAGCAUAAUGGUGCACUUUAUACAAAAGGUACAUUUUGAAUUAUAUUUUAUUAGCUGCAAGUUUAUGUAUGAUUGAUUAAUUCUAUGAAGCAAUCGCUUUUGCUGAUAAGAUAUUGUAAACUGAUCCAAAGCAUUGUAAAUCAAUUUACAUUAAAGGUAAUAGUUAAAAUCUAUAUUUUUAGCUUAAAGCUUAAGGAUGCUUUAAUAAUAUACUGAAGCACUAAUUUAUAUAGAUAAAGUCUUAACAAUAGAUCCCAAGCAUCAUAAUGCAUUAUAUAUCAAAGGUUGAGUUUCUAUCGUUAUUUUAGGGGAAUGUUUAAGGAUGCUAGGUUAUUAUAAAGAAAGCAUUAAUUGGGUAGAUAAGGCUUUAAAAAUAGAUCCUAAAUUUUGCAAUUCCUUUUAUACUAAAGGUAUUAUUUAUUUAAUUGUAAGCUGAAUGCUUAAUGAUGCUUGGCUUAUAUAAUGAUGCAAUAUAUUUUGCAGAUGAAUCUUUAAAAAUUAAUCCAAAACAUCACCAGUCAUUAUAUAUAAAAUGUAUGCUUGAAAUUAAAUUUUUAGCCAAAUGUUUAUUUAAGCUUGGAAAAUACGAUGCAUCAAUUUAAUAUUCAAAUAAAGUAUUAUUAAUUGAUCCAAACUAUGUUCAUUCAUUAUAUAUCAAAGGCAUUAUAUAAAUUUAUUCUUUAGCGGAAAGUUUAAAAAUGCUAGGUGUAUAUAAUGAAGCAAUUUUUUGUGUAAAUUAAGCCUUAUAAAUUGAUCCUAAUAAUUUUAAAUUAUUAUGUACCAAAGGUACCAAUCUUCUUUAUUAUGAAAGCGGAAAGCUUAAGAAUGCUUGGUUAAUACAAUGAAGCAAUUCAUGUUUCGGAUGAAUCUCUAAAAAAUAAUCCUAAAUACACUAAUUCAUUAUUUAUUAAAGGUUAUAUAUCGUAUAAAAGUUAAAGCGGAAAGUUUAAAAAUGCUUGGCAAAUACACUGAAGCAAUAAUUUGGUCAGAUAAUGCCUUGUAAAUUUAGCCUUAUAAUAUUAAUUGCUUAUAAACUAAAGGUUUAUUGUUAAUAAUAUUAUAGCGGAAAGUUUAAAAAUGCUUUGUAAAUACACUGAAUCAAUAAUUUUGAUAGAUUAGGCUUUGUAAAUUGAUAGAAAUAAUUUGUUUUUAUUAUAUACUAAAGGUAUGCUUUAAAAUAAUACUAAAAGCGGAUUGUUUAAGAUUACUUUCGAAAUACAAUGAAGCCAUCAUUUUUGCAGAUUAUGCUUUAAAAAUUUAUCCUAAUUUUUGCAAUUUAAUCUAUAUCAAAGGUUUAAUUGUUUUAAAAGUAUUAGCUGAAUGUUUAAAACUAUAAUUCAAAUUUUAAGAAGCAAUUUUUUGGGCCAACAAAGCUUUAUAGAUUGACCCAAAUCAUGUUAAAUCAUUAAAUACUAAGUGUAGAAUUUUUAUAAAAAUUUUUAGGGGAUUGUUUAAGACUACUUGAUCAAUAUAAUAGAGCUUUUGAUAAUAAAAUCAACAUGUAGGAAUAAAUAAUUCAAAAUCAAUAAAAGUAAGAUGAAGCUAUAAGAAAGAAAUGA